CAUACAGCUCACCUAUUCAUUUAGCCUAUAACACGACAGAAGUUACAUGAUGUCAGUGAAUUAAUUAUGUUGAAUGAACAAUGAAGUUCAGGGACAGUGCAAUGCACAGUCAAGCUCAGCCAGGGUAUCCAGGCAGGACACAUCCCAGGAACCACAAUUGCACAAUGCGGUGCGUGGACCUGCACAGGCACCUUCAGGGACUGCAGUUCAAAAGAAUAUGGCCAGGUGUUUCCCUGGACUAUUUAAAGAUAAGCAGAAGUGUAGGCCUCCUUCGCGAUUGUCUAAAAAAAGGUCAGGCACCAAAACAACGCCAAUCCAAUUCUUUCUUCUGGACAGCCCAACUGAGAGAACCCCCAAACCAUCUGAUGAGCUAAUGCUUUUACAAGCUGGGUUAGGAAGAAGGACUGUAAAUGUUCCAGAGGAUGCUUGCCAUAAUGAGAUUACACACAUUCUUUCUGAGACAUGUCAGAACUGGAGGGUGCCUGGAUGCUGCACAAAGCCAUGGGAGGAUCAGGUCAACGGAAACUCAACUUGUUGACACCUGAAGAGGAAGGAUACACAGGGGCCAGCCUUGUGAAGAGCUGGGGAGGCAAGGGCUGUCUCUACAUUAUGCCCAUCCAGAACACACUGGACAUUUCUCCCCUACCCUUCACAGCUCUGGAGUUCCAGGCCAUGCCGAAAGCCCGGUGUGUGUCAUGCCAGGAGUAUGUGCCUCUGCAGCUCCUCGGUCUCCAUGUCAAGACAUGUAUCCAGUCUAAAGUCAAGGUUGAGACCCACAGUGAUGAUGACACUAUCAACUUGGAUGACGAAGUGGCAUCUGAUGAUGUGCAGCCAUCACAUUUGGAGAGUAAGGUUGCUUGUCCAUUGUGCAGUCAACUAUUUACAAAAGACGACAUCCAUGUGCAUGCAAGUGUCUGCGGGGAGAGCAACACAAAUGAGGAAGAUGCAGAUAUUAGUGAGGACACCGAUGAGCACUUCGGAAGCGUAUCAGACAUCCUGAUGUCACUUGAAAAGAAAGUUGACACAUCCCGGUCAUUCAACAUCAAUGUGACAAGAGAGGACCUGUUUCAAAGGGGGCUGAAACAGUGGGCCAGGCAAAAACAGGCCUCCCCAAAGAAUCUCCUCAGGAUGCGACUCUACUUUCAGGUGGAAAAUGCAGAAGGAGGAGAAAGGCUGAUAGACUUAUCAGAUGCGAUUGUGGCAUGUGGCUACACUGGGCUAAUAAAUGUUGACCAAAAAAAGGCCAUCACAGAUGCCAUCGCUUUGCAUGCACUGGUGAGGCUGAUCCCGAUCUUGAACCAGCUGCGUGAGGGAUUGAGGCUCUACGGAUUAGAUGAGGUGUUAGCACGGCACACCCAGAUGUGCCAGCAGCUCUUUGUCCCCGGCCACUUACAGGAAGUGAAUGUAGACUUCCUUCUGCUUGCGCUAUCUCCUGAUUUCAGUGAGGAAGGGUCUGUGAGACGGCAGCGAGAGAUGCAGAUCAUCAAUUUUCUGCAGGAUUUCUUGCAAAAGUUGGAAGACAGAGAAGCAGACAGCCAAGAAGAGGGCAGCCCUGAAGGUCAAAGUCACGUGGCAGCUGUGCAUGGAACAAAUGGUGGGGGGGAGCGCCUGUCAGUCCGGAGCUUCCUUCAGUGGGUCACAGGUCAGGCACAUGUUCCACUGAUCGAAUCCAAGAGAGAGGCAAUCAAGAUAACUGUUAAUUUUGAUCAUGACUGCGACUCCCGCUAUGGGGCACAUAGCCUUUGUUACCCCAUUGUCAAUGCUUGUGCUGUUGCCAUUACAUUUCCAACACGCCACUUAGCCACCUCCCAAGAGUUUGAAAACAACCUAACUGAGGCAAUCUGUGGUGGUUACAAGUUCAGCAGACACUAA